CCCUCCCCCACCUCCUUACCCCCGCUCCACCGAAAAUUGGGCCCGUGGUUGCCCACCGCCUGACAUCUGCAAGCUGCAUGCCCACGAGUGCCCACUUGGAAUUUCCAAUCAGCGAUAGCAGCAAUGACUUCAAAAUGGAGAACUAGUGAAUCUUGGUAUUCUCACCCAGUAUAUGCAAGAUAUUGGCGACAUUAUCAUCAUGCAAUGGUUUGGAUGCGAUCCCACCAGAAUGUUUACAGGAAGUCUAGGAAUUCCUGUUUCACUUCCCCAUGGUUCUACCCUCAAGGAGUUCUUCCCUGGAACCCUGUUGCUUCUGAGGCUGGGCAUCCUUGGAACUAUCAAGGCCAACACAUGGUCUGGCAGGAGCCUCCCUACAGUGUUUCCCAUCUACAAAGCUCUGGGAAGCCUCUAUAUGAUAGCAGUAGAAUCCAGGCCACUACAAGAGAAGAUGAAGCCCCAUAUGAAGAGGAAGAGAUGGAGUCGGAUUCAGAUAAUGAAAUAGAAUGUGACCUGAGCAAUAUGGAAAUCACGGAGGAGCUCCGCCAGUACUUUGCAGAGACUGAGAGGCACAGAGAAGAGCGGCGGCGACAGCAGCAGCUAGAAGCAGAGCGCCUGGACGACUAUGUAAAUGCCGACCAUGGGCUGUACUACAACCACCACCGGUCCACAGAGCCUCCCUUAGAGAAGCCUGGGGAGCGGCGUCAAGCCGAGAUGAAACGUUUGUAUGGGGACAGUGCUCCCAAGAUCCUGGCCAUGGAGGCUGCUGUGCAGAUGAGCUUUGACAAGUAUUGUGACAAAAAGCAGCCAAAAUACUGGCCUGUCAUUCCUCUGAAUUUCUGAGUCGUUGGCACAGGGACCUUGGGGAAAGCCUCCUGAACACAAUUCCUCGCCUUUCCCUCCUCUGGAUGUGUUCUCUUCAUUUCUCUUGGACAUUUUUCAGAGAAAGAGGCCUAUAUACCAACACAGUGGAUAGGAUCUGUCAGCCACUUAGAAUUCUGUCAGCAGGAGGUACACUGUUGCCAACACAAGAAAUGUCCCCUUUAUAUAAAGUGAUAAUCGUAUAUAUUAUACUGGCUCUUGAUUAACUUCCUAAUAGAGUUCAGUUCAUGGACAUUUUUGCCUAGAGAUACAAUGAUUUGCAUUUGUAAUUUCCUUCUUUAAGCCUUCCUGGUUGUCACAAAAGCCUUAAGCCACAUGUCAUUUU